GUUUUCUUGGCUACGCAGAAGGACAAUGGCAGGCAACAGUCAGCUUUGCAUUCGACGUUGGACUACCAAGAAUGUGGCCAAGUGGCUGAAAGAAGAAGGUUUCUGUGAAUACGUGGAUAUUUUGUGCAAUAGACACAGGCUGGAUGGAAUUACGUUACUGACACUCACCGAAUAUGACUUACGAUCCCCUCCUUUGGAAAUCAAAGUCCUGGGAGAUAUUAAAAGGCUCAUGUUGUCCAUACGCAAACUGCAAAAACAACAUAUUGAUGUCCUAGAAGAGCUGGGUUACAGCAGUGAUAGUCACCUUAGCCCCGUGUGUGCUAAUGUCGGCUCCCUUCAAGGUUCAGAUUGGUUUUGUAAUGGUGAGGUUCCUCGGGACUAUGAUGGACCAAUUAAUGACUCAAACGGUGAUCAGUACCAAUACACUAAUGGGAAGAACAAGCACUGCACGCGAAGGCUGGACCCAGAGUACUGGAAGACGGUUUUGAGUUGUGUGUAUGUCUUCAUCGUGUUUGGCUUCACCUCCUUUGUUAUGGUUAUAGUACACGAGAGAGUACCAGACAUGCAAACAUAUCCACCUCUGCCAGACAUAUUUCUAGACAGCGUCCCGAGGAUACCCUGGGCUUUUGCCAUGACGGAGGUGUGCGGUGUAAUUCUGUGCUACAUUUGGCUGUUGGUUCUUCUCCUUCACAAGCACAGAUCUAUACUUCUACGGAGACUGUGCAGCCUCAUGGGGACAGUAUUCUUGCUGCGUUGCAUUACAAUGUUUGUUACCUCGCUCUCUGUGCCAGGCCAGCACCUGCAGUGUACUGGAAAGCUGUAUGGCAACGUUUGGGCAAAACUCCAGCGGGCUUUUGCAAUAUGGAGUGGCUUCGGAAUGACCCUGACUGGAGUACACACGUGUGGAGACUAUAUGUUCAGUGGCCAUACUGUUGUCCUGACCAUGCUCAACUUCUUUGUCACGGAGUAUACACCAAGGAGCUGGAACUUCUUGCAUACUUUGUCCUGGGUCCUGAAUCUCUUUGGAAUCUUCUUCAUUUUGGCUGCACAUGAACAUUAUUCAAUAGAUGUCUUCAUUGCCUUUUACAUCACUACAAGACUCUUCCUGUAUUAUCAUACCUUGGCUAAUACCAGAGCGUAUCAACAGAGUAGGAGAGCAAGGAUCUGGUUUCCUAUGUUUUCAUUUUUUGAAUGCAAUGUGAAUGGUACUGUUCCCAAUGAGUAUUGCUGGCCCUUUUCAAAACCUACAAUAAUGAAAAGAUUGAUUGGCUGAAGAGCUCAUGGGUUAAUUCAGACUUUUUAUGAAGAAUUAUGGCUAAGACCCUACAAGGCUAGCUGGGGGGAUAUAAAAUAACAUGUAUCACUCUGUGGUCUCCUCCCUCGUGUCUCAUUUUUUGUGCUUCUUGGUCAUAGAAUGGGCUACCCAUACAUCACAGGGACGGGGUUUGGUUUUGCCUAAGCGGAAAGCAAGGCAGGGAUGGGUCAAGGCAAUCACUGAAUCAUGAGUAUGAAUCAGAAGGCUGUUACCGUUAUGAAGUUUCAUGUGAAUGUUUAAGUAACUUCAACCUCAAAUAUGUGCUUGUACUGACCAUAACCUAUCCUUUAUAUGUCCAAAUGUUCUCCGUUAUCUGACAUGUCCUUUUCAUACACCGACUUAAUACUUUACAUUGACUUUCUUUUAGAAGUUAUAAACAGUUUAAUUUUUGAACUGAAAUGAAGUGUAUACUUAAAGAUGGAGGAGUGUUGUGUCAUAAAGAGGGGAGCAGGUGCUCCUUGCUGAAAGGGUCCCUCAGCUGUUAAGUAGCAAGUCUUAAAGCAUAGCUGAGAAUAUAAGUGGUCUGCGUACAGGAUGCCAAAAAUGAGUCUGCCUUGUUGGUGCGUAGUGCUGAUGUGUUCUGUGGGUUGGUUGGUUGUUUUUAAGAGAACUUGUUGAGUCCAGUCUGCCAGUUGUUUAUACAGUUGUUCUAGUACUUGCCAGUCUUCCCUUUACCUUUCAAUAACUGAGUUGGAAAUAAAUACUGCAUCUACUGAAAGUCAAGUUAGCUUUAGUGCUUUUAAAGCCACAAAGUAACUUUCUUCGUGUGGUUUUAAUUGCUUUAUAUCCAGACAUAUGCAUGCAUUUUAUGAGCAGCUCUUUAACACUGGAAAAACAUAAGUUAUCUUCAUGUAAAUGAAUGGGAAAAAUGCAUGUAGUAUCUCAAGAAAAGUGUAAUAGUGAGUUCUGGAGAUAGCCCUCAUAUUGAUCUCUUUGUUUUAAAGUAGGUUUAAUCACUCUGGUGUCAACAAUUUGGUGAGUAUCUCUAGAUAUAUGAACACGAUAUAUUUGGAUACAUGUACACUGUUGUUCCUAGAGCAAGUAUGAAAACAGACUAGUUUUUAAAUUAAGUUGUUCAUUUACGACACUGAAAGAUAAAGUGCUGUAAAGCAGUUUGAGUUACAAAAAUCGCUCUGAGGCUGCAGUGUGUAAGCAGGGGUCGCACCGCUGGUGACUUCUCAUGCAGUGGUUUCUAAGAAGAAAAUAGUGCCAUUGGUGGAAGAGGUUUGUUCUAGUUUAUGGUGAGGGGCUUUAUCCAGACAGGUAAAGGUUGCAGCUCGCUAAAAGUGUGCAGCCCUUUUAAUUAAUUACUGCAGUUUCAGAAGAGGUGGUAUGUGUGGAAGGCAGUGCAAGUCAGCUUGGGAAAGCUGUAUAAAACCUGCCUAGCUUGGUGCAGACCAGCUUAUGACUAUAAUGUACAUAUAUUUGCAUGAAAAACAAUCCCUUUGGUGGAAUCUUGCCAGACAGUUUUGUAUUUGAAGGUUUGUAACCCACUGUGGUCUACUUCUGUGCUCCUUUUAUAAAUCUGGUUUGUACUAGAAAUAAUAACUUUGCAGUCUUCCUCUCUUCAUAAUAUGUUACUUUUGUAACUUAAUUUAACUCCUGUUUCACAGAGGAAUUGUGCAUCUUAGAGUAUUCUCUGUACCAAGUGCAUUGAGCACACACACAUUGUACUGUUCUGCAGACUUUUGUAUUUGUAACAUUCCUAUUUUUAGCAAAAUUGCAAGUAUAAUAAUGUACUGUUCAAUGCACCGCACCCUAACGGCUCCUGCCAUCCCAACGGGGGAAUAUGCUUGUAUUUAACAGCAACAAGAAAGCAAAUAUGUUGUGAAAGACUUGCUCAUUUUUCUGUCCUUACCUUUCUGAUUUAGGAAAGGCAUUUUGAACAUUCCUCUUGAGACUUGAUAGAAGAGUUUUAUUUACUAAUUUAUAUUUGCCUUUGCGAUGCGUGCACAGCUAGGAGUGCUGUUUUAUACUCGUAAACCCUCUGUUUUCACGAUGUGCAGGGCUGUGUUCGAGUUAAAGCAGGAGAARGGUAUGCAGUUGAACUUGCAAAGCUGUUGAUUCUGAAAAGAACCAUGUCAACUGACACACCUAUGUCUGCAUUGAAAAGUUAUUUUGAAACUUAGUCACACAGCACAGUUUUAAAAUAUAGCCCAGUGUAAUAAUGUUUACAUGAAGUAAAGGUAUCAUUUCAAUACUAGUUUUUUAAGUUGAAAUACUUUGAAACUUAAAGCUUCUCUCUGGAUUUGUUUUCUCAAAUUCUUUUAAGGAAAUCAGUGUGAUAAGUCAGCAUUGCCCAUCAGUGUUUUGUAAAAGAAGUGUGUUCCUUUUGUGCUGAUUCCCUUGAGGCUCUAUAUCUGUAUUCAAGAUAAUGCUGAAACAACGUUGGUUUUGAGAGAACUGGUUUGGGUUAAAAUAUUGUCAGGGAAUUGUCGUCUUCAGUGUUAGAAGUUAAUUUUGUCUGUCUGGAAGCACACAAGUGGAAACCUUGAAAUUGUUAUAAGACAAAAUUUGAUUUCUCUUGCAAAAUAGCACGCGUCAGUCCCGAAAGCUGGUAGUUUAAGCUUUACUGUUAGAUAGAAACAAGCCUCAAGUGACUGACAGGCUUAAAAUCUGUGCCUCCUUUUUAAAGAGUCAGGACUAUAAAAGGGUUUUGCUGCCUCUCUGCUGCUGCUGAGCCCUUCUGAGCGAAGGCAGCAGGGUGAUGGUUGGCCUUGGAGGUGACACUGAAUUUGCCUGUGCUCCAUCCCUCUUCCUUCAUUCCUGUCCCAAGUGGAAAAGUCUGACUCUGAAUAACUCUGGGGAUACAAAAGAGAAGGUCAUGCUUUAUUUGCUUUUUCUUGGUAAUUUGGCAAAUCUAGUAAUUUUUGGAACUUUGCGGUAGUCCUCAGCUGUUCUUUAUUGUCCUCAGCUGUUCUUUAUUGCUCUCAGUUCUGCUCCUGCUUGGAGUAGGUGUGUGGACAUGCACACAUAGGCGGUAGGUGCGUGGAUCCUGUAAGUUUACUGCUUGUGAUGAAGCAAACUAUAUGCUUAAGCAAAUCGCUAAUUACUAACUUCAGCGAGGGCUCCCUGUUAAGCCAAGCCAUUAGGAUUGGUGCAGGUGAAUGCUCUGCAUGGUGUACUGAUGCUGUAAUAAGAAUAUAUAAUGCCAUUUCCUUUUCAGUUUACCCUGAUUUAUAUCUGUCAUAAAAGAAGGUGUGUUCCAGGGCAGUUCCUGAUGCUUACUGCCAAAAUGUGUUCUGAGCACUGCCCCCCCCCCCCUUCAAAAAUAAAAAUAGCUUUAAGAAAAAUGCRUCAAAAUGAAGUGCAACAAAAACCUUGACAGUUGUAUUAAGAAGUAGAAAUCAGUGAGGUUAAUUGGAGAAAAAAAUCAGAUGCCAACAUCAAAUAAAAUGGUAUUUGGCAGUAUUAGUCCUUCAGCAGAGAUAACACWACAAGUUUCUGUAUCCUUUUUUUCCCUCUGUACGACUAGCUCUGUGUGGUGUCUCUUACAGUGGCAGAAGGAGUAUCUGAGGGAAAGACAGAACUCCCAAGAUUAACACAAGAAUCUUGCAACAGUUGGUGUUUCUCUUCUUUUAUUAUUAUUUUUAGCAGUGCUUACACACAUCAGUGUUACACUUGUUUCUGUUUAGCUCUUUAGCUUUUUAUGGACUUUUUAAUGUUUGCUGAAGUUUGCAAGCACCAAAUCGUUAAAUAUCUAUCUGGAGAAAUAYCAGAUAUCCCAAAUGUGGGUUUUGUGGACUUAGAGUGUAACAUCAGAAGAAUAACCAGUAAUGACUAUGAUAAAUAGUAUUUCAUUCUGUGCAAGUAGUUUCCACUGAAGAGAGGGGAGAGCCUGUUGGAAUCCUUGAAGGAUGAUUUUGGUUUCAAAUAAUUUAGCAAUAUCUGUAACUAUAAAACUAUCGUAAUCUUGUGGGGGGGGCGUUAUUUGACAAAAGUCCCACUUCUGAGCUAGCAGACACUGUGAAUUAGGUGCAAGUAUAAGACUUCUUGAAUUGGGAAUUAAUUAGUAGGCUGCUGGUGAUCCCUAUAGAUUACUGCUUCUGAUGCCUAUUCGGUGAUGUUACUAUUGCAACUGAAAAAGUAGUUCUGGGGUUGGGGGGAAGUCCUUUGGAGUGAACCUAGAGGUGUCYUGCUCAUCAUUUUGACAAAAAAAACACCCCAAUCCCUUACAACCCUUCAAACCCUGUAACAUUGUGAACACUGAACUUCGCAUAUAGCGUUUUCCUGCAGUAUUUUCUGUUUGUAUCUUAAAUGCAGUGAAUAUAAUGUACGUAACUUAGACGUGCACAUCUUCAAAGCCAGUUUUGUGAUAGGUGUGUAAGACCUCAAGGUGUCAAAUGUGGAGCACAGUAACCUGACCUGUUAGCCAAGUGACUGCGUAGGCAGACUUAACUUAAGACUUAACUGUAACUCAGUUCUGGUGUCUCUCAGUUUUC